CUUGUAUUCUCCUUGGACUUUCUCCCUCUCCCUCCAACAAUAUCAUAUCAAUUCUUUCUGCUGACGCGCAGAAUGAGCGCCUCCAGAAGAACCGACCGUCGCACGACGCGAAAUCAUCUGUCGUCUCCAUAUAAGCGUCCACAAAGCCCUCCAAAGAAAUCGGGAUGGAGUCUGUCUGGUCUGUUUGGCUUUUUGAACCCAUUACGUUCACGAAACGCGGUGGAACCAUCAGAAGGGGAGGAAUUCGAGAGUACUUCCGAAGAUGGUUAUGCAUCAGAGGCUCCGGCCUCUCCGCAUGCUCCACCGCCCAUUGCUGUUCAAAACCUCUCAGAACGUGGUCAUGAGGUCGGAGUCGGCUGUGCAUGCGUCGCAAAGUCAAUUCGCUAUGGAGAACGCCAUCGAUCUAACAUCUCCUCCCCGCGCGGAUCGUCAUAUAUCCAGCCUUCAAACUGCGAAGUCUCCAGUGGAGAACCUCGAGAAAGUGAAACGAUAUCUCCAGGACAGAGAAGACGGACGCGGUCUUCAUCAAGUGGAGGUUAUCGGAUUAGUGUCUCUUUUGCAGGGCAGCGUACAAGGUACCUUCGUUCUUCCCUUACCACAGCAAUUGAGGUUGAUCAAAUGCGUUGCAGACAUGGAUAAGGAUGAGCCGUUCCGCUUUUCAUCGAGUCCAACCCCCGACCGUGGAGAUACACCAUUUAGAAUGGGCUCUCCUGGACCUUCUACUACAAAUCCACAGACGUCGCGAAAAACAUUAGCAAAGAAUCCUAAUGGUGUAUAUAGGUGGCAAGGAGCAGGUAGUGCACGACCACGCAAUCGGUAUCAAUCCCCUGCAUUCGGGCCUCCACGGAUGACACCUUCAAAGAUCACACUUUCUGCCCCUCAAACACCACCUAAAACAGACGCGAAACGAAGGCGCGUGGGCCCAGAUGCGUCUUCGCCACAACGUGUUCAAGCACCUGCGCCAUCCCCACCUCCUGCACCGUUGCCACGUGCCCAACCUACGGCAGGGCCAUCCACAUUCCCCGUCUCCAACAGCAGCUCUAGCGGUAUGCCACCUGCCAAUGGGUCUGCAAAUGGAGCGGCAGCAGCAAAGUCCAACAACCCGUCAACUCCACGCCUCCGCAUGGUUGUCCCACCCAAACCCACAACCCCUGCCGUCCCUUCACCCCUCAGACAGGCCUGGGGCCAUAGCGAUCUGCCUCCUUUGCCUCCAGCACACCAGAAACAGCCAACACGAGCAGCAACUCUCAUGGAGGAACUCAUCAAGGAAGCUGCCCCGCAAAAGAAACUAGACGUAGCGAACCCUUACCAGGAGGGGAGCCCUGUGCGGCCGCCAGCGAAGAAGUCCAGGAAGAAGAGGAAGACAUCUGAAGAGAGGAAGCAGAAGGAGAAAGAAAAGGAGGAGAUGGAGAAAGAGAAGGCGUUUGAGAAAUUGAGUCCACAAAGGAUGGUAGAGGCUACGGUCCCAAAGGGAAUGAAGCGUGCACGCCCACCACCUGACCUGGUGAAGACCGCCUCUCCACCGAAAGCCAACGGAAUUAAUCAAUUUGUGGAGCCUCGUCGCAGCACACGUCUCACGAAGUCUACCGGGAAAGUUAUAUCUAAUGGUGCCAAUGAGAUUUCCAAGGACAAAGCUACCGCUCCCGUCAUCGAGGAGGUGCCAGACGAAGAGGACGAACGCCCAUUCCCCAAGAGGCAGAAGCAAUAUGCAGUCACAAUCGAGGAGGUCGAGGAUGUUGAUAUGCCGCAGCCUGCUACGCGGACGUCCGAGAUCAUCGAACCUAUGGACACAUCAAGUCCCAGUUCUGCCUUCACUCCACAACCUGCACCCGUUCCCAAACCUGGCCCCCCCUCAAACUCGAAUUCUCACGCUCUUUUUGGGGCGAAACCUGCGUUUGGAUUGAAGUCGUCUGCGCCGAAGGAGCCCUCGAAGUUGCGGUUUGGGUUCGCCGCAGAGACGGAAGAAAAGCCUGCUGAAGUGAAGGUUUCUGCCCCUAUCGCCGUGUCCGUUCCACCAUCGAAGGCAUCCUCAUUCCUUUCGACAGCCCAAACCACGGUACCUAAGCCUGCUCCUACUGCGAAACCUUCAAUCCCUGCUCCUGCCUCUCCGGCAUCCUUCACUUUGAAGGGCCCCGCUCCUAUUCCUGUGUCUGCAUUCACGCCUCCUCCUGCCCCAAAACUUUCGCACUCAGCUCUCCCUACCCCUGAGUUCUCUGCACAGCCUACAACAUCGACUUCCAUGGUGAAACCGAAGGUAGACCCCAAAGAUACCGCCAGAGCACUCCGCGGCUCAGCCCUGCCCUCGUUUUCAUUCAUCAUACCGACCCAGAUCUCACAGAAGCACAACAAAGAACGUGAUGCAGCCAAGGCUAUUGGACCGACCUCGCUGCCCGCAUUCAAAUUUUCUUGGGAUGCCAAAGAUAGGGAUGCUGUGGCGUCAUCUGGUGCGAUCGCAUCCAUAGGCGCCCCUUUCAACUGGGCGGCGGCUGGAAUGAAGGCGCCCGUGAAGGUCGGCGGAACUUGGACGUGCUCACUCUGUCAGCUGAGCAAUCCGGAUAGUGCGCAGGAUUGUAGUGUUUGCGAAACGAAACGACCAUCUACUGCACCGACUCCGGCGAGCGGCGGGUUUAAUUGGGCAGCUGCGGGCAUGAAGGCACCCACAAAAGCUGGUGGUACUUGGAUAUGCUCAUUGUGCAAUUUGAGCAAUCCCAGCAGCGCCAUUGAGUGCACGGUCUGUGAAGCCAAGCGGCCAUGAUAUAUGCCUGAGUCCUUACGACAGGACGAGCGGGUGGUGGAGUCGCAAUCUCGUGUUUUUAUCUAGAUCGCUUUUGGUUCGGUAUAGAAUAGUCGGGUGACGCAGUGCCACCUUUCCCUAUUCCCCGUUGUGUCCAUACUCGCGCUUUCGUCUGGAAUGUCUCUCUGCAUUGUUGUCGGUUUCUCUUGUCUUUGUACGGUCAACUCUAUCCCAUCUGAUUGCAUAGUUUACAGUGGCGUUGCAUAAAUACAUACUUCUCCAGACUUCCGUCUGGUUCCUC